AUGGACGGCUAUCCCGCGGGAAGCCUCGACCAUAAUGUCCCGCUGCUCGUCGCAUCUGGCCUGAACGCGGCGCUCCCCGAGCUGCAGCUCGAGGGCGAGCUCAAGGACCAGGGCAUCCUGCUGAAGUCGGAGCUGCCGCCGCUGGAGAGCAAGGAGGCCGAUGUCCUGGGUGAAUAUUUCAACGAGAUUGACGGCCACGGCAAGUCAUGGACCAGUGUGGCUCGCGACGAGCCGUAUCGGUUCCGCAUCAAGACGUCGUUCUUCCUUCCUCCACACCGCGCGAAGCUCCCCGAAUCCGACGAGCCCCUCGAUUCCGCAUCGGUGGUGCACUCGCCGUUCUCUCCUCUCUCUCCAGUGUCGGCGCUGUACCCGGACGGAUUGAUAGAUGCGCAAUGGAUCCGGAAGCACCAGGAGCUCGUUCCGAGUGUCUUCGCCUGCUUCUACACCCUCGCCAACGACAACCGGUUGAAAGCAGACAUCAAUGAGCUCAAGAGGAUGCUAGCAGGCUCCGGGUACAAGACCAGGGUGGCCGUUGUCCUGCUCGGCGACGCAUCGUCCGGGUCUGCGCAACUCUCUGAGGGUGUGCAAGACCGCCUCGAGGCGAUACGAAGGGGCACCGCGCUGGACCCCAAGUCAAUAUUCUACAUACCGAUACAGGGCUCGCCCGCGGAGCUGAAAAGGGUAAUGGACAGUAUUCUCUCCGUGCUGUAUGGCACAGCUGUUGAAUAUUAUCGCGAUCUUGGGCGGCAUGCCAGGAAGAAGCGGUCGCGCGGCGUCGCACCACGGCCUACAGUGCCGCCGACCUCGGGUACAUCGCGAACUCUUGCGCUUCCCGAUUGGAACUUCCGCUACGACUUCAAGGCUGGCGUGUUUGCCGAGUUUCGGCAGGAGCCGGAUGCCGCGAUUCGCUCUCUUGAACAGGCAUACGGCAUAUUAAUGGGUGCUGACGUUUUGGAUAUCAUGCCAAGCUGGAGCCCUCGCUGGAACGAGGCCCGUUUUUUGGCCGACCUCAUUGCCAUCCGCUGCCUAAGACUGCAGUUAUGGAUGGGGCACACAAGUCUGGCAGUAAGUAGAUGGGAGGCUCACCGAGAUCGCAUCGGCGACCUUGUAGAUCGCCGGGGCUGCGGGACGAACAACUAUGGGUGGCAAGCGUGGGAGGCGCGGUGGGCAACAGUCAUGGCGCAGCUGAUAGAAAAGGUCGAGGUGGCCGGGUUGACACCAGCAACGAUGGCAAUAUACCUCCCGCCGGAGAAAGCGGUCCUCGCCGAGCGGCUCAGGCCGUGGGAGCUGCUCCAUCACACGGGCUACUGGUAUCGGAUCGCGGCGCGGCACCUUGCUGCACGGAGGACCCUGGCACACAUGAUGCCGGAGGAGGAUCGCGUUGCGCCGAACCCGGCGUCAUCUGCGCAAGGAGGCAGCAAGUCGUUUGCAUACGACACAUACAUGUGCCCGGCGCCGCACGAAGAAUACCCCCUAUCCGGCACAGGUGUGGACCAUACGCAGCUGGUCAUCGACUGCCUAAUCAUGGCUCGGACGCAGUUCCAGGCCCGCGAGCAGCUGCGUCUCGCCGCCGAGAUUUCACUGGAGUGCGCGAGAGAGAUGGCGUCACAGGGCCACUGGGAGGAGGUUGUGGCCAUGCUGCGGCCGCUGUGGGAUGACGGCUCGUUCCGGUCAGAACAGUGGUUGGACGCAUCCGAGGACGUAUGCUGGCUUCUGAGAAGGGCUGCCGCCGCAACAGGGCGGGGGGAUCUUGUCGUCUCCAUCGAUUGGGAGUUGAUGCAUACAAAAUUCUCGAGGCGGGCUCACUGGCAUUACGACCUGCGGAAGUCACUUGAUGGCAUCAAGACCGAGGCCAAACCUGUCAUCAUGCUGACAGACGCGAGUGCUUCGAUACUUGUCUCCACCAGCUUUGCAUUUCGUCACAAAGAGAGCAAAGCCGGCGAGACAUGUGCUGCGCAGCUUGUGCUGACUUCCCAUGCGCUGCAAGCUUCGGCGCCUCUGACCUUGUCGUCGGUGCGGGUAGGGUUCGAGGGAAGCUUGAAGCCACUCAUCAUUGACAACGAUGAGGGGGGGCCAACUGCAGCCGAGAAAGAGAUAAUCAUUCCGGUUGAGCUGGAGGAGAAGUUCGCGGCAGGCUCGGAUGACGAACUGCCGACGGAGCUCAGGGGCCGCGCCAACCUCACGUUACGGCCGGGGCAGCAGCUGAUAUUCGAGAUGGCGGUGCCGCUACGGGAGGCUGGCGAUGUAGAGGCGUCGACCGUGACCCUGGCGUACCAGAACCCCAGCUUCGACAUAGAGUAUGCGCUCAAGUUUAGGGAAACGGACCCAGCUGUCGGGUGGUUCACCAGGGGGUCGCGCAAGCCGCGACAAUCGCGGUCUGACGCACGAAACCUACAUGUACAGCCCCGCCCGCCCAAGCUGCAGAUUGCGCUGCUUGACCCUCAGGAGCAGCACUACACGAACGAGACAGUUGACCUACGAAUCGAACUCCGGAACGAUGAAGACGAGGAUGCGAGCGCCAGGCUGGAUGUUCUCUUGUUCGGCGAGACGCUGCCGGCCUUGAGGCUCACCGUCGACGGCAAAGAGCACGAAGCUGAGGGCGCACAGGAGGAGUCGCGCAUCAGUGGCGUCGGACUGGGCCACAUGGAGAAGGGUUCAUCCAUGGUACUCCCCAUCCGCAUCGACCGAGCGGGAGCGCCGACGAGCUACGACAUGCAUCUGCGGGCGACGUACCACCUCGACUCUGACAACGCAACGCCCAUCAUCCAGCUGCUUCCGAUCCAGAUCAACGUGGUGGCGCCGUUCGAGGCGAACUACGACUUGGUCCCGCGGCUCCAUCCGGACCCGUGGCCGAGCCUGUUCAACUAUGAGGAACUGGACGAAGCUGCGAAUGGAGAGGGCACGGUGCAGGCGGCGCCCAGCGGAUUCGCCCAGCAGUGGUGCUUGAUGUGCCACUACGCGUCGUUUGCGACAGAGAAUCUCGAUGUCGUGGGCGUGGACGUGGAGAUAGUCUCGUGCGUGGGCGGCGCCCGCUGCAGCGUCGUCCGGCGCCCGGAGGUUCCCGCGGAAGGGAUAGUGGCGGCACCAAAAACGAUGCACGAAGCGCAGUUUGACCUGGUGGCGCAGAAGCUCAGCCUCGACGACCGGCACCCGGUGACGCUCGACCUCGCGUUUGUGAUCAGAUGGCGGCGCGGGAAGGGGGCGACAGGAACAGGAACUGCAACAGUAACAGCAGCAGAGGACGACGGCGCCGCCUUGAACACGACGACGAUGCCGGUGGGCCAGUAUCUGGUGCUCGGGACGGAGCCGCGAGUGCUGGCGUCGGCGUUGCACACGCGCACGCCGGGCGAGACGUGGCCGAGCGUGAUGCACCUGGACAUGACGAUUGAGAACCCGUCGAACCACUUCCUCACAUUUGGGCUGACGAUGGAGCCGAGCGACGCCUUUGCCUUCUCGGGGGCCAAGCAGACGACGGUGCACCUGCUGCCCAUGUCGCGGCGGACGACGAGGUAUCGCCUGGUGCCGCUCGUGGCGGGGGCGUACGUGCGCCCGGGGCUGGUGGUGCGGGACAAGUACUUCCAAAAAGUGCUGCGCAUCAUCCCGACCGAGGGCAUGAAGAUUGACAAGGACGGGCUGCUCGUAUGGGUGCCGGCGGAGGCGAGCGAGGACGUGAUACCACCUUCGCCGUCAUCGACAACGGGGAACGAAGGGUGA